AUGCAACGAUCUUCUGACCGUGUGCAUACUUGGGAAGAGUUUAGAAUACGAUUCUAUGAACGAUAUCGUACACAGGCUCGAAUCCAACAUUUUCGAACCGAACUUCGCCUUCUGUUCCAAGGCGACCAUAAAAAUAUUUUGGAUUAUUUCGAACGUCUGAAGACACUCAUGAUCGAAAUCGAUCCCGAAUGUACGGAUCAAUGGUUAAAACAUAAGCUCGUUCAAAAGCUUCGUCCAGAUAUUCGGUCUCGUUUCGACUCCAAUUUAAGUCUUCCGAUUCGAGAAAUUAUACGUAGUGCACAAACUAUCGAAUCGAAUAUCGAACAACAAAAAGUUGACGAAAAACUUAGAAAAGCAGUUCUUCAAGAAAAGAAGACCUUUAGUAUUACUACGAAUAACAUUUCAUUUACAAAAAUUAGUCGCCAACCUACAUCAACUUCAUCAACUAAACAAAUGUGGUCUAAUCGACCACCUGACCAAAAACAAAAUUAUAAACAACAUACUCAUCAACAUACAAAUUCAUUUGACAAUACACAUAGCCAACGUCAACAUAUGAAAAAUUUCAAUAAUGAUGAUUAUUUUACUUAUGAAGAUCAAUCAGAUGAUUAUGAUGAUAAAACCUAUUAUAAAAACAACGACAACAAUAAUAGCAAUUAUAAUCAUAAUAAUAAAAAUAAAAAUAAUAAAAUAAACAAUAAUGAUGAUUCUAAUUAUGAUUCUAAUUAUGAUUCCAAUUAUGUUUUCAACAGCAACAAUAACACUUACAAUCAUAGUUUGAAUAACAAUGCUUUAUCUAAUAAUCGUACCGAUCGUCAUUAUUCUAAUAACUCUUAUAAUCACAAUAACCAUGCUAAAGAUCAACAUUCGUCAAUAAAGUCCAACAGCAAUUUGAAUCGAGCUCUAACCAUAAAUAAUUCGUCUAAAAACUUUAAAAAUCGUUGGUGGUGUCCUCAUUGUCAACGAAAUGGCCAUUCUUGGGAACGUUGCCCAUUUAACGUUGAAAGUAUUAAUUAUCGACCAAGUUCAUUCUUAUCCGGAAAACGAUGUCGGAAGAUAAUGGACGAAGAGGUGUUAUCUUCCUUUUCUUCAUCGUCAUCCUCUUCAUAUCCGUCACCACCUAUUACUUCAUUGACAUUUACAUCAUCUAAAUUCAACGAUUUAUCGUCAACCACACCAAUUGUUGGAUCUACGAAUUCUUCUCGUCAUUCUGAUCAAUCGUUUACUUCUCAUCUGGCUCCGCACUCAACAAAGUCGUCAGGAUUUAUUGUUUCACCUGAAUCUUCGAAUUUGUCUUAUGAUUAUCCUCGAAAUUGUUAUCUAACUACUGAAGCUAAGAUUAAUGAUAUUCCAGGAAUUGUUUUACUUAACACUGGCUCAAGUGUAACUAUCAUCAGUUCUAGCCUUUGGAAGAUGAUAAGCUCCAACGGUUCGAUCGCUCCUUAUAAUGGACCUGAAAUACAAGGACCAGAUGGUAGUUCUAUCGGACCAGAAGGUCGUGUAUUAGUACAAAUUACUCUUGCUGGUCUUACUAUAGAUCAUCCUGCAAUUCUUGCUAGAAACUUUCGACAUCUGAUUCUUCUUGGCAAUGAUUUUAUGAAGUCCAUCGGAAUCGUUCUUGAUUUGCAAGAUAAUAAGAUGUGGUUGCGUUCUGAUCCGAAUCGAAGAUAUUCAAUAUCAUCUGAUCUUACUCAAGCAGGUAGAAUUGAUGUUCCAGUGAUAUCUACUGAACGACGUAUUAUUGCUCCAUAUCAUGUUGCUUAUAUUCAAGUAAGCACUCCACCUUUUCUUUCUCACAACACUUGGGAUGCUUCUAUCACCGGUCAUCGUCCUCAUAUUGCUACUGCCAAUAGUCUAAUUCGUUUUCGUGACCGAAAAUCAUUUGUACAAAUUAUUAAUUGCUCAUCGCAUCGACAAAAGUUUAAUGUUGGUCAGCCUGUUGCAGUCGCUGAUUUAUAUUUUGAUGAUACAAAUAAUGAAGCACAUUUCAAUUUAUGUUCAACUUCAUCUAUGACGUGGGAAUCACCGAUGCCCAUUAAAAAAGAAGGAAAGUCACUAACAACAUCAUCAUUUACACCAUCAAUGCCUGAUUCACGAAACACUUUAAACAACAGUACGGAAAAUCUUCUUCUUCAAUAUCGUGCUUGCUUUAACGAAAAACCAGGUCGUACAUCUUUAACCCAGCAUCAUGUAGAUACUGGUAAUUCAAACCCUAUCAAAUUACGUCCAUACCGUGUAUCACCAGUUCGUCAAAACACUAUUUCUAGUCAAAUUCAACAAAUGCUAACGGAUGGCAUUAUCGAACCAGCUAAUGGUCCUUAUGCUGCUCCUGUUACUUUACAGCCGAAAAAGGACGGCUACUUGCGUUUUUGUGUUGACUUUCAUCAAUUGAAUUCCGUAACUGUUCGAGAUGUCUAUCCAAUACCUCGUAUUGAUGAUACUCUCGAUCAUCAUGCCUUUCGGAUUAACCAAUGCAUCAGCAACAUUCCAGCGCUAAUGGACUUAGUCCUGGGAGGACUGAAAUGGUCUUGUGCUUUGGUCUAUCUUGACGAUAUCAUCGUCUAUUCACCCACAUUUUCAUCUCAUCUACAACAUCUUGAAUCCGUACUUCAACAAAUUCAAGAAAGUGGUCUUACUCUCCAUCUUUCUAAAUGUCAAUUUUGUAAAACGAGACUUCGAUAUCUCGGUCAUAUCGUUUCACAAACAGGUAUUGAACCUGAUCCUGAAAAAAUUCGCGCUGUACGUGAUUAUCCUGUUCCAACUCGACUCAAGGAAGUUCGUACAUUCCUCGGUCUUACUAACAACAAACGAUUUCAGUGGACAUCAUUGUGCCAACAAGCUUUCGAUCAUCUUCGUCAUUUGUUAAUUGAACCACCAAUCAUUGCUUAUCCACAAUUUGACAAAACUUUUAUCCUUCAGCACGAUGCUUCUGAUUUCGGACUUUCCGCUAUUUUAGCUCAAAAACUUGUCGAUGAUGACGGAGUUCAACGUGAACACGUCAUCGGUUACGCUAGUCGUACUCUUACUUCGUCUGAACGUAAAUUUUCUCCUACCGAACGUGAAUGUCUCGCUAUCGUUUACGGUUGCUCACACUUUCGUCCAUAUCUUGAAGGUGUUCGGUUUACCAUUUUAACUGAUCAUAAAGCACUCAAAUGGUUACAUCAGACUAAAGAUCUUAAUAGUCGUCUUGCGAGAUGGACCAUGCAAAUAGCUGCUUACGACGUCGAUAUACAACAUCGACCAGGCGCUGAUAAUACGAAUUGUGAUGCUCUUUCGCGUGCUCCUAUUGAUGAUUUAUCUAUUUCUAAUGAUUCUACAGUUGUCCAGGAGUCGUCUAGUUCAUCAACUGUUGUUGAUCCUGGAUAUUUACUUGUACUCGAUUAUUUUUAUCAUUGUUCACUGCCACCUUCACAAUUUCCUAUACCUAUUUCUCUUCAUCGAACUACUAAUUCAUCGUCUCCAACCUCAUCUCAUUCUAUUUUUUGCGCUAAUAUACAUUUUGGUGAUAAUAUACAGUUGUAUGAAGAUAUACGUAAUGCGCAGUGGAAUGAUGCUGAACUUCGUCCACUUAUAAAUUAUUUACAAACUCAACAACUUCCGGAUGAUACUGAGUCAUCAAAAUUCCACAAAAGAGUUUCUUGUCAUCGACUUGUCGAUGGUGCACUUUAUCGUGUACUUCAUUCAUCGCAAUCUAAUGUUGAAGAUAAUUCUUCUACUACUAUUUGCUCAACUACGCGAUUAUUUCGUUCUCAUGAACAACUUCAUCUUGUCAUUCCAAAAUCGAAAAUAUUUGAUCUAUUGUCACUCGCUCAUGACCAUCCUACAGCUGCUCAUUUAGGUCACCGUAAGACUCUCUACCGCCUUUCGAGUCGUUUCUAUUGGUCACAUAUGCGUCAUGAUGUUGAAGCUUAUGUACGUGCUUGUGAGCUAUGUCAAAAAUUCAAAGCUUCUAAUAAAAAACCUGGUGGUUUAAUGCGUCCAAUAGUCGAAAGUGAACCAUGGAAUACAAUUGGUAUCGAUCUUACAGGACCUUUACCUAAAACUCGACGUGGUAAUACUUAUAUUCUCGUAGUUAUUGACUAUUUCACCAAAUGGGUUGAACUUUUUGCUCUUGCGAAUACCAAAGCAAAAACUAUUGCUCAAUUAUUCGUUGAUGAAGUGCUAUGUCGUUUCGGAUUUCCCGUUCGUGUUAUAUCGGAUAACGGUGUUCAAUUCAUUUCUAAUAUAUUCGUCAAUGUUUGUCAAGUUCUUGAUAUUAAACACCAACGAACACCACUUUAUCAUCCUCAAAGCAAUUUAUGCGAACGUGUCAAUCGAACUCUUAAACUUUUACUUGCCGCUCUCGCCUAUAAUGACAAUAAAUCGUGGGACCUUAAACUUCCUCAAAUUGCAUUUGCUCUAAGAACUGCACCAAGUGAUUCAAUUGAGCAGAUGCCUGCUUUUCUUAUGUUUGGUCGCCAUCCACGACAACCGUUAGAUUUAUGUUUACCUUCACCUGUUUCAGUUGAUCAAUUUCCUACUGCGACUGAUCUAUCUGAUUAUCGUAAACGUUUACUUGCUGAUCUUUUGCCAGCUUAUGUUACUACACGAGAACUUCUUGACAUUUCUCAUCAGAAACAAGCCACUCAAUAUAAUCAACACCAUCAUCCACUUCAAUUCGAGCCUGAUGAUCUUGUUUGGGUCACUGCUCUCUCUGGUCUUGCGAUGGGUAAAUGGCGUGGCAACAAACUCAGUCCACGUCGUGAAGGACCUUAUCGAGUUGUUGAACGAUUAUCUUCAUUGACCUAUUCUUUAAUUCAUACUAUUAAAAGUCAACAAUUUAGUCCUAUUCAUAUCAAUCGCCUCGAACGUUAUUAUUCAUUCAGUAGUAUCGAUUAA